AUGGAAAUAUCGAGAAUUAUAAACAUAGACAGAAAAGAUCAUAACCAGAAAAAGCAAAUUCGUUACCUGAUCGGAGAGCUGGCGGCGGUGGAGAUCGGAGAUCGGAGAGCUGAGUCGACAAGGAUGAUGGUGGUAGAGAUCGAAGAGCUGCGCACUGUGGCUAGAGAGAAGAAGAUGGGAGAUGGAGAAGAAAUUGUGAUUGGAGGCGUCUUCUGUGAAUCGUAUCCGAACGGAGAUGACAGCGAUAAGGAGGGAGAUGGCAGCGACAGGAGCUGUUCGAUGGAGGCGAUGGAGGAGGCGUGA